AUGCUUGGCACAGGGGACCCCAGACUGCACUCAAGUUACGUCUGCUCGAAGAAAGAAGGCAGGAAAGGUGAAUGCACCAAUUUUUAUAUGAGCCAUGUCAAGAGCAGUUCCAAGAUGAGUGAAUUUUCCUGGAAGGAUGUUAUUAAUGCCUUGUCUCUGGCCAACAUGGUCCUAGGGCUCUUCUCUAUCUUCUGCAGCGUCAGCAGGAAAUCCCACUGUGCUUCCUGGAUGCUCCUGAUCAGCUUUCUGUUAGACAUGGCAGUAGGAACCAUGACCAGGCACCUCAACAUAUGCUGCAAACUUGGAACGGACCUGAAUGAUUUUGCCGUCUUCACCACCUUCGGUCUGGCCUCUGCCCUGCUCCUGGGAGUGGAUGGGCCUCUCAAUGGAUUCCUGGCUAUCAUCUAUGUGCUGACCACUUCUUUCCGCCUGUGUUUUUGUUCAGCUGGAGGACCUUUUUCAUACAAGGGUCUACCCUGCCCCUAUGCAUCGUGUGUUUUGGCUUCUACCUCCCUGCUGACCAAGGGCAACACGUUCAUUCUCUGUUGCAUGGCCUCACUCAUGAUUCUGUUCAUGAUCGACCAGAGCAACUAUCCCCAUGAUGAAAUCCUGGAGUCUGAGAACUGGAAGAAAAUGGUUUAUAUGGGAGGUGUCAUCAUGCUGUUUUUCUCCCCAUUUUCGCUCACUGCCUUUUACUGCCUGAUCUGGUCGCUCUCCUACAUUUUCUUCCCAGAUGUCUUGUGGGGCAAGGCAGCCUGUCUUAAGCUCUAG